ACGGCUAACGGGGUCUUUCGCAACUCAAAAUAAUCCAGCAUGUCCUCUAGCGGUCCGUCACUUACCGCAGGGUCCGUUAUUUUACUUAAUUUGUCCAAUAGUGACAUAUAUUCGCUAACGAGCUACUUAAAAUGUCGCUGAGUUUCUUAUAACUUGUUUACGUGUGGCUGCAUAAGAAAUGCUCCUAAUUCAGAGUGUAAUAAUUUCUUUAAAGACACCAGAGAGAAGGUCUUUUUCAUAGAGAGAUGGCAGUGAUGUUAUAAAGUAUGAGUGUAGAAGAAUGUCCAUAUUGUGGAAAGCCCUUCAAGAGGCUGAAAACACACCUCCCUCACUGCAAAAUGGCACCAGUUGCACAACCUAAGAAAAGCAUUGAAGCACCCACAGAACUGAGUUCAUCCACUUCCAGAAAAAAGAUCCAUAAAAAGACUGCAGCAACAGAAAUUAAUAAUGUUAUAUUAGAUGAAACGCUAACCUCUAAAGCAAGAAGAAAAGAAGAUAUUCACAAUGCAGACAGCCUUCACACAACUAUUGAGGUCAAAGUCCCGUCAGCUGAGACUCUGAACACGGAGAGGCCUAAAAGCAAAUGGCUUGCUAAAAGACACAAGGAACUUGAGAGAUUACAGCUGUUAGUGCCCGUCUCAAAGAAUCCAAGCAACCCUACCUCAUUACCCGACAAUGGAGGAGAUAAAAGCUUUUGUGAGAUCUCCAAAGGACCAAAUCAGGGAACAUCUCAAAGUAAUGAAAAAAGUAGUAAAGGCAAAAAGAAACUAUUAUCAGAGCAGCUGUCCAUCACCAAGAGUAAAAUCAAUACCACUGGAUUUGUUCCAGCCAUUCUGAAAAACUCCAGCCUUCCAUCUGAGUGCAGUGUGCAACCUGAAAAUCCAAAACUCAAAGUUAACUUGGAGGAGCUUGAAAGACUGAACAGUCAGAACAAGGAUUUCCAUCUAGUAUUAAGUGCAAAAGAGCAUGAAGCUCAUACUUUCUUUUCAUCCAAGACUUCUGUGUGGGACUGUUUGUAUUACAAGAGGUCUUAUAACCUGUUUGUGCCUUAUCCUAUUAUGGAAACAGAAGGUUCUUCUGUGGAGACCAAAGAGAUUUCCACUGUGCAGCAAUCAAACAAGCUAGAAACAAGAGUUACGAAGGUCGCCGUUCCACCCUCACCCACUUUAUCUGAAACUUUCAUUCAUCAGCCCACAGAAGACACCCUAAAUUCAAGAUCGCAAGGUGUCAGAAGUCUGUCAUGGAGUCCAGAGAUAUUGCCUGCUCACAACAGAAUACAUUUAUUCACAAAACCUUUAGGCAGCUAUGCUAAUGAAAGUAUUUGGAUGAAGGAUCAGUCUGUUGGACCAGCGCCCCAAAGUGAAGUGCCUCUAGUGCAGCGGAAACUUGGAGAUGUCAGACUGAGUGAACUUGGUGUCUGGCUUGGCGCUCGAACUCCUGUGUCACCCAGGGAGACUGUGACCAUGUUGAAGCAAGGAUGGCAGUGGUACUACAGGAAGUAUAUUGAUGUUCGUAGAGGAGGAAUCGGUGGGAUAUCCAUGCUGUUGACUGGAUACUGUGUCUUAUGUUACAUAUGGAGCUACCCACAUCUCAAAAAAGAACGCUGGAGGAAGUACCAUUAAAGACGUUUGGUGGUCUUCAUAAUUGUAGCACUUUGGACAAAAAGCAGCUUUGUGUUCAGGGCAAUGAGGACACAAUAUGAUUAAUAAUUAAUAGGGCAGGAUUAUAACACCAGCAACUAGUAGUUCACUACAAUAUGAGGUUUGCUGUAUUUUUGUUAGAGAAGUUUGAAAAAGUAUUUAUGAUUUAUCUGGGAACAUGGAUAAUGAAGUUACAGUUGAAGUCAAAAGUUUUCAUACACCUUGCAGAAUCUACAAAAUUCUCAUUAUUUUACCAAAAUAAGAGGGGUCAUACAAAAUGCAUUUUAUUUUUUUUAUUUAGUACUGACCUGAAUAAGAUAUUUCACGUAAAAGACAUUUACAUAUAAAAUUGCCCUCUUCAAAAGUUUUUGUACACUUUAUUUUUAAUACUGUGUUGUUACCUGAGUGAUUCACAUCUUUUGUUUAGUGAUAGUUGUUCAUGACUCCCUUGUUUAAACUGACUGCUGUUCUUCAAAAAAAUCCUUCAGGUCCCACAAAUUCUCAGCAUUUUUGUGUAUUUGAACCCUUUCCAACAAUGACUGUAUGAUUUUGAGAUCCAUCUUUUCACACUGAGGACAACUGGGGGACUCAUAUGCGACUAUUAGAGAAGGUUCAAACGCUCACUGAUGCUCCGGAAGGAGAAACGAUGCAUUAAGAGCCAGGGGUGUAAACUUUUGAACAGAAUGAAGAUGUGUACAUUUUUCUUAUUUUGCCUAAAUAUCAUAUUUUUGUCAUUUAGUACUGCCUUUCAGAAGCUAGAGAAGACACUUAAAUGUUUCCCAGAAGACAAAAUAAGUUAAAUUUACCCUGAUCUUCACAUUCCAAAUGUUUCACCCCCCAACUCUUAAUUCCUUGUGUUUUCUUCUGGAGCAUCAGUGAGUGUUUGAACCUUCUGUAAUAGAUGCAUGAGUCCCUCAGUUGUCCUCAGUGUCAAAAUCAUACAGUCACUGUUGAAAAAGGUUCAAAUACACAAAAAUUAUGAAAAACCACAGAAUUUGUGGGACCACUUUUUCAGCUGUGGAUCAUUCAGAUAACACAGUAUUAAGAAUCAAAUAUGUGUAACCUUCUGAACAGGAUAAUUUUUUUAAUUCAAUUAUUAUUUUCUCUUGUUGACUAUAUGCAAAUGUAUUUUAUGCGAAAUAUCUUAUUCAGGUCAGUACUAAAUAAAAAAUAACAUGCAUUUUGUAUGAUUCCUCUUAUUUAGAUAAAAUAAUUAACAUUAGCAGAUUUUGCAAGGUGUAUGUAAACUUUUGACUUCAAAUGUAUUUAUCUUUAAUAUUUUCACAUUUGCAAAUAGAGAUAAUGUUUUUCAGCUGCUUAUAUUUGUAUAAUUUGAAAAAUUGUACUUAGCUUGCAUUUUGUUAUUGUGCAUCCAAGAAGUGGACUUAACUAAGCACUAAUAUAUUACACAGUAUUGUUCUACACUCUUUAGUUUGCUAACUUAUAUGUAAUAUUGUUACAAAUAUCCGUAAUUCAUCAAAAAAAGACAUUACAAAAUAUUGUCUGUAUUCAAAAUGAAUUUAAUAUUUAUCUUUGCUGUUGUAAUGAACACUCACAAAAACAACAAAUCAUGAACUGACCACAUACAGUAUGACGUGAACACAUACCUAACAUAAUAAAAAUAACUUUUUUGUUU